AUGAAGCGCAAGCUAUCCAACUCUGGGCUGGAAACGGACCACCCCGAGACGACGCCGAAGAGAGCACGGACUGCGCUUUCCCACAACAAUGGCGCGCUGAACGGCCACGCGCCGAACCUCUCUCCUCUUCCCGAGGAAGAGGCCGUUGAGUCAAAUGGCGAUCCAUCGCGUGGGCAAUCAACACCGAAGAAGGCUAGCAGGUCUAUCGCGACUCCGUUGAAAGAAUCCGGACUCAAGACACCGACCCACAAAUCCAAAGCUCGCUCGCUCUUCGCGACCCCGACAAAGUCCACCUCGACGACGACCGGAACACCCUCGCGGAUCAGGAAGGCGGACCAGUCGGCGAAAAAGAAGAGCGCGCGGGUGCUCUUUGAGCAGAAUGAAGAUAGCGCAUGGGAUGGGUCCGAGCAGCUGGCCGAAGAGAUCCUUCAGGAAGAUGAACCCGAGACCGAAACCGACAAAGCUCCCGAGGGUGUGACGGAGAGCGUCGAGGGGGCAGAGGCGCAGGAAACAACGACGGCAGAGAUCAAAGCCCCCAAACGACGGGCUGGACGACCCAAAGGAGCCCGGAAUAAGCGAUCACCAACGCCCGAGGGGGAACUGCCGCCGCAUGAGCGAUACUUUUUCCAAAAUCGCGCCGGGACGGGCAAGACUUCCAACACCACACUCAAUAAAGUCUCGCUCUUGACGCAUGAAGAGUACUUUGAAAAAAUCGCCCAGUAUGUGGAUCCCUGCCAGGCGGAAAAGGAGUACCUUCUCUCUAUCCACCAUCGAUCAUUUCCGCAGUGGUUCUUUGAAUUCGAGGAAGGAUUCAACAUCUGCUUAUUUGGCUAUGGUUCAAAACGGAGGCUCGUCCAGAACUUUGCCGAUUGGAUCUAUCAAAAACGGUCCUUGGCGGGACAUCCUCCACCCAUCGUCAUCGUCAAUGGAUACACUCCGGGCCUCUCGAUCCGAUCCAUCUUCGCAACGAUUGCCACGGCUAUCCUGGGCGAGGACUUGCCCUCCAAGCUUGGUGCGCAACCCACCGAGGUGCUCGAGCUGCUGCAAUCUGCGCUCAAGGCGCGACCCGCCCACGAAGAGCCCAUCACGGUUCUGAUCAACUCGGUAGACGCACCACCGUUACGUCGGGCCAUCAACCAAGCUCUGCUGGCCCGUCUGGCGGCCACACCUCGUGUUCGGCUUCUGCUCACUGCCGACACUCCGAAUUUUGCCACCAUGUGGGACAUCAGUCUACGAGAUCAAUUCAAUCUUGUCUUCCACGACAGCACGACCUUUACACCAUUCACCACAGAAUUGAACGUUGUCGAAGAGGUCCACGCUCUUCUCGGCCGCAAGGGCCAACGCGUCGGCGGCAAGGAAGGCGUGGGAUUCGUGUUGAAAAGUCUGCCCGAGAACGCGCGCAACCUGUACCGCCUCUUGUUGACCGAAGUUCUCACCGUGAUGGACGAUGGUCAUCAAUCAGAGGACGAAGGGGCGGCCGCGGAGAGUGGGGGCAGACCGGGCGAGGAGAAUGGGGUUGAGUUCCGUAUGCUUUAUCAAAAGGCGACGGAGGAAUUCAUCGCUUCCUCGGAGAUGAUGUUCCGGACCCUGUUGAAGGAGUUUCACGAUCAUCAAAUGAUCACUUCGCGGAUGGACCCCAGCGGUAUGGAAAUCCUUGGUGUGCCAUUGUCCCGCGAAGAGAUGGAAGGCGUUUUGGAAGAUUUGGUCUUGGGAUGA